AUGGUACAUCUACGACUCAUUCUGGUUCUUCAUAUUGUUUUUGAUGUCGUCCACGCCUUUGGGGGUCUUUCAACUGCUGAUGUUUUCCCGCUAUUGCAAGAUGCGAAUACUACGGAGCUCUUUCCCAUGCCACAAUGUGGGGCGUUUCAGCUUCAAGAGGCAACAAUUGACCAGAUGCAGUCUGCCAUGAGCAAUGGUUCAGUCACAUCAACUCAGCUGGUACUUUGUUACUUGGAAAGAGCCUACCAGACUCAGAAUUAUCUAAGUUCCAUACUGGAAUUCAAUCCUGAUGUACUAUCCAUCGCCCAAGCUCGGGAUCACGAGCGAAGGCAGGGCAAAGUCAGGGGUCCACUCCAUGGUAUCCCGUUCAUCGUCAAGGACAACAUUGCCACGAAAGACAAACUGGAGACUACAGCUGGUAGCUGGGCUCUGAUCGGGAGCAUCGUCCCCCGCGACGCUCACGUUAUCUCUAAACUCCGCGACGCCGGUGCUGUCCUGUUUGGAAAAGCCUCCCUCAGCGAAUGGGCCGACAUGCGCAGUAACAACUAUUCGGAGGGAUACUCUGCACGUGGCGGCCAGUGUCGGAGCGCAUACAACCUCACCACAAACCCAGGCGGAAGUAGCUCAGGAAGUGCCGUCGCCGUUGCCGCGAACGUCGUCGCAUUUGCCCUCGGGACCGAAACGGACGGCAGCGUCAUCAACCCUGCCGAGCGCAAUGCUAUUGUGGGCAUCAAGCCUACCGUGGGUCUAACUUCUCGAGCCGGUGUCAUUCCCGAGUCUGAACAUCAAGACACGGUGGGCACCUUUGGUAAAACUGUCCGCGAUGCCGUGUAUGCACUCGACGCCAUCCAUGGAGUCGAUCCCUCGGACAACUAUACAUCCGCCCAGCAGGUUCCGGGUGGUGGAUAUGUACAGUUCAUGACGACCAAAGAUGCCCUCGCCAAUGCCACCUUCGGCCUACCCUGGCAAAGCUUCUGGGUUUAUGCGGACGAAGAACAACAGAAUCAGCUGCUCGAGCUGCUCGAGUUGAUCCGCUCGGCAGGCGCAACCAUCAUCAACAAUACCGAGAUCACCGACUACGAAACCAUCGUAUCUCCAGACGGCUGGAACUGGGAUUAUGGCGGGACCCGCGGGUAUCCCAACGAGUCUGAGUACACCGUUGUCAAGGUCGACUUUUACAACAAUAUCAACAAGUACUUGUCUGAACUAUCCAACACAAACGUGAGAACCAUCGAGGACUUGGUGGCUUACAAUUACGACAACGACGGUACCGAAGGUGGUAACCCGUGGCCACUGGGCACACCGGCGUUUUACUCUGGACAAGACGGGUUUUUGGCAUCGUUGGACUCGAAGGGAGUCAUGGACUCGACUUAUUUCCAGGCCCUUGGGUUCUCACAGACGUCGACUCGUGACGGGAUUGAUGAUGCGCUGAGGGAGAAGGGACGACAGAAGAACCAGAGGUUGAACGGUUUGCUUGUUCCACCUGACGUAGGUCAGACUUACCAGGUCGCGGCCCAGGCAGGGUACCCCAUGAUCACGCUCCCCGCGGGUGUGAGGAGCGUGAGUGGCAUGCCUUUUGGGCUGGCGAUCAUGCAAACGGCGUGGCGAGAGGACGAGUUGAUUCGUUGGGCGAGCGCCAUUGAGGAUUUGCAAGUGACGAGUGGAACGAAGAGGAAGAGGACCCUACCGACAUGGAGAGGUUGGUUGGAAAGGAACAUUCCUGUCGUUUCCGAUUUUUAG